GGAAAACGGGGACAGGCAAUUCCGAGAGAACCGGGGGGAGGACGGUGGAUGUUUUACGCCUUCAACGUUGCAUUAGAAGCGGGUAAACGGCGGCGGCGAAGAGGAGCAAAACAAGAUGAUAACGCCCUACUUCCUGGAGAGUUUCUGGGGGGAGAAGAACAAUGGCUUUGACGUGCUCUACCAUAACAUGAAGCAUGGCCAAAUCUCCUCCAAGGAGCUGACAGACUUCAUCAGAGAAAGGAGUACUAUUGAAGAGGCCUACGCGAGAUCAAUGACCAAACUUGCCAAGUCAGCUGGCAACUUUUCUCAGCUUGGGACAUUUGCUCCAGUGUGGGACGUGUUCAAGAGCUCGACAGAGAAGCUGGUCAGCUGUCACAUGGAGCUCGUGAGGAAACUGCAGGAGCUAAUAAAAGAGGUUCAGAAGUACGUGGAGGAGCAGGCCAAAGCACACAAAAAGACAAAAGAAGAGGUGGCGUCUACCCUGGAUGCCGUCCAGAACAUCCAGACCAUAUCUCAGGCUCUGCAGAAGUCCAAGGAGAUCUACAACGCCAAAACCGUGGAGCAGGAGCGCCUCCGCAAAGAGGGGGCCACCCAGCGAGAUGUGGACAAGGCUGGAGUGAAAGCCAAAAAAGCCACAGAAACCUACAAAGCAUAUGUGGAGAAAUAUGCCACAGCCAAGUCAGAAUUUGAACAGAAGAUGACAGAAACUGCACAGAAAUUCCAAGACAUUGAAGAAAACCACAUUCUCCACAUGAAGGAGAUCAUUCAGUCAUACUCGCAGUCAGUCAACGAGACACACAUUCAAAUAGGAGAGCUCCACCACGAGUUUGUGAGGAACGUGGAAAACACCUCGGUGGAGAGCUUGAUACAGAAACUGUCCGAGAGCAAAGGAACGGGAAAGGAGAGACCAGGGCCCAUUGAGUUUGAGGAGUGCAAUACAGCUAUCGCAACUGAAGGUGCUAAACCCAGAAAGCGAAAACCAUUCGGCAUCCCAGGUCGUAGUAAGAAAGACAAGGACACAGACUCUACGGAGUCUACAGAAGUCGAAGCUGCUAACACUGCCAAUGGUGCUCCCCCCGGAUACUAUGGGGCCAUAGACAUCCAGAAUGCUAAUGUUCCCCAGGUUGAUGCGGAGGGCUUCUGUAUCCGACCAGAAGGAAAUGAAAACGAUGCCAAAGAGAAUUCCUUCUAUUCGUCCAGCGACUCCGAGGAUGAAGACGAACCCAGGAAGUUCCACGUCGAGAUCAAGCCCGUUCAGCCAAACAACGGCACGCACCAGAACCGGGCCACCAUUGACGAGCUCAAAGCCUCCAUUGGAAACAUCAUCCUGUCGCCCUCCACCUCGGGACAGAUGCGGAGGAACCAGUCCAGGAUCACAGGAGUAUCUGCAUUAAGCCCUAAGGCUCAGAGUCGUGGCGAUGAGCUGGCAAAACCUCGAGUGCCAACAUCGUAUGAACUGACCAACAACGACCUUCUGUCUCUGGACCCGUUCAGCCCGACUCUGGCAGCAGGCUCCUCCUCCUCUGUGUCCUCCUCAGCAGUGCCAUUACCGAACCGGCCCACCACGCCGCUGACAGCUGGAGCCCUGGUGCCCCCACCACGACCCUCCUCCAGGCCCAAGCUCCCCACUGGAAAACUCACAGGAAUAAAUGAGAUUGUACGACCGUUCAGCCCACCCAAAAUGUCCGGCGCCAGUCCUCCACCUACUGCCCCACUCGCCCGGGCGGAGAGUUCCUCCUCCUUGUCCUCGAAUGCCUCUCUCAGCGCCGGCAACACCCCCACCGUUGCUCCCUGCUUCACUCCUCUCCUUACAAGGGCCGAGCACACCUUUGCUCACCCCCUCUCCUCCCCAGAGCCCGAGCUGCUCUUCCUAUCUCCUUUUUUUCUACUAAGCCAAAAGGAUGAUGUGUUCAUAGCGAAGCUGCCUACCUUUGAGAAGCGCUGUGAAACACCAUCAGGGACGUCUCGCGGUCCCAGCCCUGUGACCCUGGCAUCCCAAGAUGCUUUGCCCAUUGCCGUGGCCUUCACAGAGUCGGUUAAUGCUUACUUCAAAGGAGCUGAUCCUUCUAAGUGCAUUGUGAAGAUCACCGGGGACAUGACUCUGUCGUUCCCCAUGGGCAUCAUCAAGGUGUUCACCUCCAACCCCUCCCCAGCCGCCCUCUCCUUCAAACUGAAGAACAUCAGCAGGCUGGAGCAGAUCCUACCCAACCAGCAGCUCUUAUACAGUGAUCCUUCCCAAAGUGACUCAAAUUCCAAGGACUUCUGGUUCAACAUGCAAGCGCUGACGUCCUACCUCAGAAAAGCCUCUGAUCAGAAUCCCUCAGCUUCCUACUACAAUGUGGACAUCCUAAAAUACCAGGUGUUGUCUGAUGGGAUCCAUUCCACGCCUCUCAACAUGGCCGUGUACUGGAAGUGUACAGACACUACAACGGACCUGAGGGUGGACUACCGCUACAACCCAGAUUCCAUGGCCUCCCCUGGGCAGCUCACCAACGUCCAGAUCUUAGUGCCUGUUGACGGGGGGGUCACCAACCUGCAGUCUCUGCCCAACUCCAUAUGGAAUUCCGAGCAAAAUAAGUGUUUGUGGAAGCUGAGUGACAUCUCAGAAAAGUCUGAAAAUGAAGGUGCUGGAUCACUGAGGGCCAAGUUCGAGCUGUCCAGCGGUCCGUCGAACCCCUCCACUAUGGCAGUGCAUUUUAUGAAUGAGGGGAGCACCCUGUCCGGAGUGGACAUGGAGCUCCAGGGGCCCGGAUACAGACUUUCUCUCAGCAAGAAGAGAUUCGCCUCAGGACGUUAUAUGGCAGAUUGCUGAGGUCGUCUUCUCCUCCCCCCCGCUAUGGUUCACAUACAAACAUCCCUUUCUACACACAACUUGGCAACUUUAGCCUCCGAAACCUCUGGAUCCACCUGAGCACCACUGUGCUUUUUGCCCAGGAGGCAAGAAUCUCACUACAAUAAAACAGCACUGAGUAUUGAACACUGUCUAAAAAAAAAAAAGAAUAAAAGAAAACUAAGAUGAGCUUUCAGGAAACUGUGUAGAUAUGAAGUGGAAUAAUGCUUUCUCAACAUUUCACUUUUGUAUCGUCAGAAACGAUUUAUGGAUUAGAUAUACAUCUAUAUUGUUUUUUGAAAUCAUAAAAAAAAGAAAAAGAAAAAAGUGCACUAACAAUCUUUCAGCUUCUCUUUUUUUCCCGCUUAUGUUUGUUCUUCUUUUCAAGAGAAGCGUUUGAGGAAUUUAAAACAAAACCAUCUCUGUCUGGAAGAGAAGAGAAGAUGUCUUUCCUUUUCCUCUGAUCUGUAUAUAUUAACGCUGAGACUUCUGCUCCACCAGCUCUGGCUCAGUUCUCAAAUCACUUUUCUUUGCUGAUCAUUCGCUUAGCCUCCGCACAAGUAGUCUUUUUGUGUUUUUGUUGCAUGUGCAAUGAAGCCAUGAAGGUAGAAUCUGUCUCACCCGCUCUCACUUUCUUAUGGCACAAGCUCGAUCUUUAAACUUACUUUGAAGUGCUUUCAAACAAAAUGCAAAAAAACUCAAAUCUGACCUCAGUGCCUCGUCUUAUUCUGUGGAUCAGUAGGUAACAAAAGUGCUUCAAUGUUUAACCCAGAUCUGGGUUGUUCUAGAUUUAAGCUACAUUUCUCUGUGGUAACAUGCAUGGAGUUUUUUAAACAAUCACCCAUAAUGGGCUUUGGGAGCAGUGGGGUCUUUUUACAAUUUAUAAUUUGUUUCCCCUUUUAAAUUCCCCUUUCAGUCACGACGUGUCUUUUUUUUCUACAUUUGAACCCCAACUUUCUAUUCUUCUCACCAAUCUUGACUUUAAACGUUGUGUCAAAUGUUAGAUACUUAAAAACAAAACAGCAAGGGCGUUACCCCAAAGAGUCGUAGCUUUUUCUAAACUGGCUGUGUUUUUUUUAAAUCAAACUUUUGUGCCCUAUCGAUGGAGAAAUGUGCCUGAAUCAAACUUGUUUUGUAAACUCAAGCACAGUUCAUGAGAACAGCACCGACGUCGUGCCAGUUGUGUUUUUUACAGCUCUGUUUGGAUACCGAAGGGAAAAUGUUGCCUCUUUUUACAAGCCAACAGUCUUCCAGAAAUUAAUUUGUCACGUUUGCCUUCUUGGAUUGAGUUUGACCAUUGAACUCAUUUUAUUUUUCUUCUAAUAUCUUCUUUUCUGUACUCGUCAGUCGACCUCAACCUGCCAUAUACUCACAGAGCAUUAGUGAGGUUUGAGAACAGUAGCACAUUAAGGCCAAAUUAACAAUCGAAAUGCCUUAAACCAACUGCUCUACGCUGUGUAAUCCAGUGUGGUUACAUGCUGUGACACAGUGUUGCCAUUGCCCUGUAAUAGAUUACUGAUGGGUCCUGCCUCUCGCAUAGUGCAUGCUGGGAUAAGCUUCAGCCUCUUGUACAGCAGGAGCGGGUGUAGAAAGAGGAUGAGUGGAACUGUGUCAGGUUUGGAGGGCUGCUGCUGCUGCUGCUGCUAUUAGAGGCUGUUGUACUUCUAGAUGGAGUGUUUUACGUUGUGUUGUGAGUCGGACACACUUUCGAUGACCUCGUCCUCGCGAUGAUCCUGAAGUUGGUCGGUGUGUCGGUAUGUGACUCGUCUGGAGAUGCAAUAAGUUGCGUGGAAGCUGUGAUUGAAAAUGGAUGAAGCCUUGUGGGAGGCAGGAGUUUCAUACGCUGUGCAUCCUGUGGCCAACUGACCUCAAACGAUAUUUUAGGAGACGACAGUUCAGACUCAUGUUUAAUCAUUUUGUCAGUGCUUUAAAACAAUUUUUAAUGGUUUACAGCUGAUUUAAACUCAAACCCCGAUUUGAUUAAUUUAAUGUCUCACUUGGAAACGUCACAAUUCAUCAUAUCUUGCCAGGGUGAUUAAAUCUAUUCCUAAAUUCAUAAUGUUUUUAAUGUUUUGUAUGAUUCUUUAGUAGCUGGAUUAAGACUCAAGCAUUUAAUACUAUCUUAGAGCAAGACACUGUUGUUGUCUGUUGAACUUUUAAUCAGCCAAAUGUUUGAAAUGAAUGAGUUUAUAUGAAAUCCUGUAAAAUUGUAGCACCAGACGUUUGUACAGCGAAAAAUCAACAUGUUGCUCUGUGAUCCCCCUGUAAUCAAUUCUGUCCAUGAUUUAUGGUCAGAUGAACCAAAUGCAUUAACAAAAAUGGACUUCGCAGAUUCUGUAGUUAUAUUCAGUAUUAGCAAGCUGGUUCUUGCUGUCCCCGCAAAACUCUCUGAAUAACUUUUUGAAGGCUCAUUUCUAGGUCACUUUCAUUUUCUUUCUUUAUAUGUUCUGUGAAGAGCAACAUUUUGUAAAUGAUUCUCAUAAAUUGUACAUUUUUACCAAUAUCAGCCACUUUUUGUCUCUACUUUAUGAUUUCUAAUUGUGCCUGUAUUAAAUGUGUAAUAUAUGAAUAUAUACAAAUAUAUGAAAAUGACUACUU